AAUUUUAACGACGGACUGUAAACAAUAUGAACGUUACGGUCCGUCUAAUCCAUUGAAAAACUGGUUUCCAGUUAGUUUAACAAAAGCACGUGCUGGAUUAUUCAAUAGCAUAUCUAUUACAAUUGCCCUAUGAUUUCGCGUUAUUUUUUGAGAUAAUGCCAGCGUUGAUUAACGCACUUAGUAACGUUAAUUUAAUCGUCGCCUCCUACAGAACAACUUCUCAGAAUUUCUCGACCUUCAAAAUCAACAAGGACUGUAUAUUUCGCUGUUGGUGGACUUUAUAGCACACAGACAUGGUGCUGAAGAUCUUCUUCCCUCAAUGCUGCAACACUGCUGACAGUGGCCUGCUGGUCGGGCGCUGGAUCCCAGGACACAAUUCUGCUGUGGUACUAGCUGUCGUUCACUAUCCAUUCAUACCCGGACAGGUAAAAAAGUACUUGAGUGAGAUCCAGAGCCAGACUCAAGUGGAUCUUGCCGUGCUGGGUUCCUGGAGUAUGCCAAAAGAAGGUCAAGAAGGAUUGGACAGCUUCCUCAAAGACCUGAGCACCAUCUUUCCUCAGAAAUGUUGGCUGCAGUUGAGCCGUGAGAUUGGCAAAAGAGGCUUUACAUGUCGGGUGGUUCAAAACAAUGGGAUGCUUCUACAGGACAAAGAGCAGAAGAGUGAUGUAGAUGGCAGUGAAGAAGAUAAGAUCAUCCUCGUUCAUUAUGACCAAAGGAAGGUGAUGCUGUCGCAGCUUCAUCCGGUGCAAGAGGCUGACCAAAAGUCUGAAAUCGAGCCGUCAGAGCUGCGCUUGGUCUUCCAAACAGUUGCUCAAAGUCAGCCUCUGUUUUUCCUGGAUAAAUACGACGACGGGCCGCUGAAACUCACCCACUGGCAGUCUGAAGGGAGGGAGGCUAGUAUUAUUGCAGAGCUUCUUAAACAAGCAUCUGUGCCGGUGUGCAUCUGCCUCACGUGGUUGCUUUCUCUUUGGCUUUGGUUUUGCAGCUUUAGGAUUUUAAAUAUACCUCCUGUGAAGUUCAUUACAAGCAAGCUGUCCACGUGUGUUCAGUCGGGUUACAGGGCCGUUCAUUUUAAGACCGUUUUCUCCCCUAAAAAAGCUGAUACACACAUGGAUUUCAUGAGAAAAGCAAACAUCUUUGUGUCUUUCCUUGUGGACAUAGCCUUUGGUUUGCUGCUCAUCUCAUGGCUGUAUAGGGAGAAUCGUAUCAGCAAAUUAGCCAAUACUCUGGUACCUGUGGCUGAUCAUGUGGCCAAAGAGCUCCAGCAGCUGUUAGAAUGGCUGAUGGGAGCUCCUGCUGGACUGAAGAUGAACAAGGCUCUCGAUCAAGUGCUGGGGAGGUUCUUUCUUUAUCACAUUCAUCUGUGGAUCAGUUACAUCCACCUGAUGUCUCCUUUCAUUGAGAGGAUCUUGUGGUACGUCGGACUCUCAGCCUGCUUGGGGCUGACUUUUGCGCUCUCCAUCCUGUCCGACAUUGUGGCCCUCCUGACUUUCCACAUCUACUGCUUUUAUGUGUAUGGAGCACGGCUGUACUGUUUGAAGAUCUACGGUCUCUCCUCGCUCUGGCGACUCUUUAGAGGAAAGAAAUGGAACGUUUUGAGGCAGAGGGUGGACUCGUGCUCAUACGACCUGGACCAGUUGUUCAUAGGGACUUUGCUCUUUACAAUUCUGCUGUUCCUGCUGCCCACCACUGCCCUCUAUUACCUGGUCUUUACCCUGCUGCGGCUGGUGGUGGUUCUGUUUCAGGGAGUGAUUCACCUCAGUGUCGACUUCAUCAACUCUUUCCCCCUGUUUGCCAUCGGCCUGCGCAUCUGCAGACCAUACAGACUGGCAGAGGGUGUUAAAUUCAAAGUGCUUUGUGAGGAGUCAGGAUCUCCGCUUCACCUGAUGAUGGAGAUCAACCCAUUGAAGUGCAGCUCUGUACUACAGCGCUACCGGACGCCCACCUAUAGCUGUUACCCUAAGGAUUCAUGGGCCGCAUUGUGCAAGAAACUAUUUGUAGGAGAACUUAUUUACCCCUGGAAGCAGAAGACUGACAAGACAGACUAACUUUGAGGUACCAUGCCUGUUCAAUUCUGGUUCUGGAGUUUAGCUCAAACUUAUGCCAACACAGCUGCCUUUUUUGUUUGGGGUUGGAGCUAAACUCUUUCAGGAAUGGACAACACUAUACUAGACUAACAUAACCAGACAUGUGCACACUGGGGAAAACAUGCUCUGUUCGUCAAACUUCACUCACUUCCAAAAUAGUCUUAAUAGUUUUUCUUUUAUAAAAAUACAGAUUAUGUUAAAUGAAAUAAUUAGAUAAACAUUGAAUCACUAUUUCUGUGAUUGAAACUGUGAUUAUUUUUGUAUUUAUUUUAAGUCUAUUUCUACUUUUGUAUAACAUUUGAAGAUGUGCCAUGUACUACUUGUAAGUUUGAUAGUUAAUUCUGAUCGCUGUAUCACUACCAAUUUAUUAGAUUUAUUUGAACUGGAAGUAAAACUGUCAACCUUAUUAGUUUUUAGCCUCUCCUGAUAGGCUAGGUAGAUGGAAAGUGACUUGAGUAAAGUUGUUUAAAGUACUAUAAAGUUUAAAGUGGUACUAUAAAAUUGUAUACAUUUAUAUAAGUCUAAUCUACCUGAUCAAUGUGAACUGACUGAGUUAAGUAUAGUUACAUUUUUUUUAUUAAAUUAUUUAACCAUGAUCCUCUUGUAUAAUCAUUGCCAAAUUGUGUUUUUGUAGCAGUUAAUAAUGUUAUGAGUUAAUAAAAUGUGUAUAAAUGCAGGUGGAAUUAA